GAUCUGUCCAUCGUCUCUCUUCAUGCCACUUUUGUAUCGAUGUACGCGAGGAGUAUCUUGUGUCUGAAUGUCAUCAACAAUACCAUCAUCCUGCCCAUCUACUUACUGCCUUGCGACUCAUAUCUUGGACAUCGUCGACUGCAUCCCUUCGCCCUGGCCCUCCUCGUAUACUAUGAUGCAUCGUACUCCUGUCAAUCAAAUCUAAUAUCCACUCGUCACCGGUCUACUUGCCAUACCUCGUAAUUGCAUCGACGCAGCUCAUCUAACUACAUCGACCUCGACAUCGACCAUACUUCGUCAAUAUCCCGCGCAUCAAUCUCCAUAUUCGAUUUCUCCCGAUUGGGGAUCCAGACAUUAUUCUCAUACGUUAGUUCUCUCCUCGAGCAUCUACCAGCAUAGCACUGCCUACCCCUUCAUUCAUUUCAGCUGGAAGGGCAGAGGGCAAAGAGCAGCUAAACCGCCAAACGAGCAAGCUAGCGACGAGCAUUGCAUGGGACAGUUUGGACCGUUACAGCCUUAUCAAGGAUCUCCCGAAUCAAAAUUGGAGCAAACAGGACCCAUCUGAUACUGACAUCGUUGCCGGACGGGUAUGUUGAUUUGACCUCGAUGCUCUUUUCUUUUAUUUGCAAAUCAAUUGAUUCAAGCCGGAUGCCUUUUCUUCAUCUCGCCAUAUCACCAAGAUUCAUGCAAUACGGCCGCCUGCUUUAACGUCCCAUUUUAGAUGCAAAGGUCAGAGGGAGAAGCAGAAGAAAGCGGUCCGUAGUUCGUCUUACAAGUUAUAAGUUAAGAAGAGCCUCGGGUCUGCUCGAGAAACAGAACAAUUGGAUCCCAUUGCAUUGCAUUUCAUUUUCACCCCCAAAAGACUGCGAAAGAGAGAGUGAGAGAUCGAGAGAACGAGAGAGCCAGCGCGAGAAGAGAGAGAGUAGCGAGAUAAUUCAGAUCAUAAUUCAUUCAAAAGUAAUUCGCAAUCUCAAUUCAUCAAUCUCAAUUCAUCAAUCUCACUGCCGGACCUUUUUAUUAUUCUCGACAUUCUAUUUUACGUUGCAGCCCGACACUCACUCUCUUCCGUCUUCCUCAACCUUUUACCCAUCCAUCUUCUUCCAAGCCUUGUAUUUCUCCAUAAUCCAUUUUAUUAAUGAUUAGCAAGGCCUACAGGGAAAUUUAAUUCCAGAACCCCCCAUCCAUUCGUUCACCCUUUUCUUCCAAUUUCAAUUCAAUUAAAAGUCUAUUCACCACACAAUACGAAUCGAUCAAAUCAAGCCUUCCCUGUCAAUUCUGCGACAAACACUCUCGCUCCCAUUAAAUCGAACCUCCACGAUGGUUUCUUCAAUCCGACCACGAACUCCUGGAACGUCACCACAUGGCGCCGAGAGAUUAGCAGGAAUUCCGGAGAACGGAAAGCAUAAUAACUCCAGUACCCCUCGUCGUUCCAGUCUUGGUUUGUUACUUCGUCGGUCCAAGUCUGGAAAUUUAAACUCCAAGCAUAAGAAAGAUCUUGCUCAAUUGCAAGAGCAAGAGCGUGAAAGACUCCUCCGCGAAGCAGCUGCGAUCCCCAGAUCUCCACCUCGUCUUCCCGACCUUGCUGUCCCUACACAUUUUCCCUCGUUCGGUGGUGAAGACAGACCGGGCUCGGCGACUUCUGGAAAUAGUGGCCAAGGUGCGAGAAGUGCUUCAAUGGACCCCCAAGCUAGAUCGUACACAAUGAGUAGCACCCUCAGUGUGCCAGUUCCUCCAGUCCCUUCGGGUGCGAGGAAUGGGGGUUGGGUUGAUCCUUAUGCUAGAUCAGAGAGCAUGACACAUCGGGGAAGAUACAGCUAUGCAAGCAGUGCCGUGAGCACAAUUAAUAGUCCUCGCAGAGUGCGAAGACGUAAAGAUCCUACUCCAUUUAAUGUUCUCAUCAUUGGCGCACGCGGUGCAGGCAAGACAUCUUUCCUUAAUUUCCUCAAAACCUCCCUCGCUAUCCCCCCCAAGAAGAGAUCAAAGCCCGAACCAUUGGCCGAAGAUAUAUUUGCUCCACGUACGCCCAAGUCUGGAAAAUUCAUCUCGCAUUAUCUCGAAUCCGAAAUUGAAGGUGAACGUAUUGGUUUAACCUUGUGGGAUUCAGAAGGCUUGGAUAAAAAUGUCGUGGAUCUUCAACUUCGAGAUAUGUCUUCAUUCCUCGAAAGCAAAUUUGAAGAAACUUUCACGGAAGAAAUGAAGGUUAUGAGAGCUCCAGGUGUUCAAGAUACACACAUCCAUGCUGUAUUCCUCAUUCUCGACCCCACACGCCUGGACCAGAAUAUUGAAGAUUCAAAGAAUGUGACCACAAAUGGAAAUGGUCAUUUUGGUGUAUUUGGUACAGGCCCGCGUUUGUUUGGUAGUCUCGAUGAAGAUCUUGAUUUGCAAGUCCUUCGUACAUUGCAAGGGAAAACUACUGUCAUUCCGGUCAUCUCAAAAGCCGACACUAUUACAACGGCCCACAUGACGUAUUUAAAGAAGACGGUUUGGGAUAGUCUGCGUAAGGCUAAUCUCGACCCACUCGAAGCACUCGGACUAGAUGAUGAACCCGAAAGCCCAAUUAUCGGCCACAGCCAAAGCCACCUCGAUGAAAGAGAUGAAUAUGCUGCUUCUGAGAAUGGUUCAGGUUCAUCGGGUGGUUCUCCCAAUUCCAAACGUCUUUCCUCGGGUUCCAUUCGUCGCCACAAACGCGAAUCGGAAGUUAGCGAGAUUCCUUAUCUACCUCUCUCAAUCAUCAGUCCUGAUUUGUAUGAACCCGAUGUCAUUGGUCGUAAAUUCCCAUGGGGGUUUGCGGAUCCGAUGAAUGUCGAACAUUGCGAUUUUGUACGUUUGAAGGAAGCAGUGUUUGCAGAAUGGAGAGGUGAAUUGAGGGAGGCAAGCAGGGAACUUUGGUAUGAGGGAUGGAGAACUAGUCGCCUCAAGGAAAGGGAGAGUCUGGCUAGACGAUGAUUUUAUGGAGGGGUUAUUUGAGACAUAUGUCUUACCUUUGGUGGUGAACAUAUUUUGAUACAAUAAUUCCACGCUUUGUGUUUGCGGAGUAUGGGAAGCAGCACCAAUUUACAAUCUCCUGCAGGAGAGAACACAACAAACCCGAAUUUUUGAUCUUCUUCCAACACUUUACAACUUCGAUUUUCGGCUUCGAACACAAUCAAUCAUUGUGUCGCAUGUUCUAGACAUGGCUUUAUUUCUUUACACCUUUUACAACAAGUUUUCACGAAUCGGGGUUUAUUUUAUUUUUUUCUUUGAUGUUUGAGUACUUUACUCUAUUGUCGGAUUGGCAAGGCAAUGGAUGGGAUGGAAUGGAAUGGAUGCAUACCCCCUUUUUUACAUUUCGAUUUUUUUGAUUUUUUUUUUCGAGUUCUCUUUUACGCGUGGGCUUAUGGCUACUACUUUUCAUUGCAUUUGUGAUGAUGUGGUGGUUGUAAACUACGGUUUAUGAAGUGUUUCUAUUACGCAGCUGGGUUUGUAGGUUUUGUUUGGGGUUUGGAGGGAAAGGGAAAGGAAAGGAGAGAUGAUUUUGAGAGGGUUUUGUGGGGGGGGAUUGGUGGAUUGAUGGAGGUUCGUAUGUUGAUUCGAGAGGGGAGAAAAGAGAGAUUGACGAAUUGAAAGAGUGAAAGAAUGAGAGAGUGAAGAGAGAAGAUUAAGAAUGAAAUUGAUGAUUGAUACCUAUGAAUUUUGGGCGGAUGGUUUUGUUUUUGUGCUCUUUGGGGUUCUUUUCAUCUUCUUCUCUCAAAAAGAAAUAGUUUAGAUAGAUAGGUAGUGAUAUGAGAAUUGGUCAUUUUGAGAUGGUA